GUCACUGUACUGAAAACACAGAAGCUCCGUUAGGAAAGCCUGAACACAGCAGGUUCGUAGGAUUGCAGGGUCAGGCGUCUGGGGGUUUGUGUGCGGGGCAUGUCUCUGGGUAGCAUGGGAACAGCCAGGCUCAGUCUGGGAAAGGAAGCAGCCUGUCAGCAGUGCUGUUGCACAAUUCAAUUAGCCCUGACAUUAGUCGAUAUGUGGCUGGUUGAGAUAACCGCACAGGCUUUUUGUGACCAUACAGCUGCAUGACUGGAAGCAUCUUCACAGGCUCAGUCAAAGAAAAGGACAGCACCCCGUCAACGCUGAGAUGGUGUUCACUGCGUACUUGCUGGCAGGUCUCCUGACCUAUGGAGGUACAGUAGGAGCGUCUCGAAGGACUGUUCCUCCAUGUGACCAGCACGCGUUUUACAGUAAUAUUGACAUCUGCCUGUCAGACUUCAACAGAAGCCUGGAGUCCAGCGGCCAUGAGCAGAGCUGCCCGUGGCCGGCAGUCAAAAGCUCCUAUAACAGACUGAAGGCCUGCGUGGACCACUGGGCCAUCUCCUUUUGGUGUAAAGGUCACAAGUACUUGGUGGAUGACGUGUUCUUGGGGGUCCAUCAGAAGUACUUCUCUGUCUGUGACUACAACCGUGACCCCCCACUCACUACUCUUCUGACCUUAAUAUUACCCGGUGUCAUUGCCACUUUUCUUAUUCCUUUUUUGUGUCUUUGCAUUGUUAAUGUGGAAACCUAAAUGCCCAGAGACACAGGGGGUCACGCUUCCUCCUGAAGCUUCUCCAGGGUACAAACUAAUAAUUUAAUUCAAAAGUGAAAAUGUUCAAAUUAGCGACGCUACAGGUACACAAACAAACUCAGCAUUCAAGGAUCAUAUGAUAUUUGUAUAUUAUACAUUAAGUAUAUGUCGACACGGUAACACAGUUUAGCACGAUUCUAUGAGCCCAACUGGGCACCACUCGGAAAAGCGACACAUACUGUACAGCAGUAGAACACAAGAGACUGUCUUAGGACAUUGUUUAUUAUCCACACUAUGUUCCGUAUAGAAGUCUCUAGAUGCCUCCUGUGUAAUACUGGCACCGUAGUUACUUGAUCAAACAUUAGGACUCAUUAAGGCACCUGCUGCUGGACCUGUAGGAUGGAACUGAACAUGGCCCAUCUCUGGAAGCUAUACCUGACUACUGUAAAUGUCACAGCAACACACUGAAGAAUGUCACAUGGUUGUUUUGUCUUUGAAUCACACAAUAAACAUUUAUUUCAGACAGAA